CUUUAGGAACUGCUUGGCUGAACACCGCUGAGGAAUCGCGCUUACAUGAGCAAGUCAUCGCUGUAACUCUCGCAGGAAACAAGAAGUCGUCAUUUGAACUGCCUCUUUAAAAAAAACUAUUUUUAGCUAUUUGAAAUUAGUUGGAACUCACCUGCCUCUCAUAAAGACACUUACUCUUUGGUCAUAAACUCAUCUUCUUGGCCACCCCACUUGUUUUGGAAGUAGAGUGUGGACAGUGGGUAGAAGAUGAUCAAGAGGGAGUAGCAGCACCAGAAGUAAACAUUCUGGAGAGACGAACUGUAGAUUUAAGCUGAAAUUCAAGUAGUCAAAAAUAGUAGCCUAGCCUCACCUGUAGGGUAAAGUUUGUCUUUGACCAGUCAGUGUUGGAAUCAUUGUUGCCGCUCCUAGCGCUGGAGGUUUGACUCCUGUACCCCAUGUGCAAGUGAGUGGGAAAUGUUCCAAUUUGGAAAAUACAAUCUGGACAUUAUAGAGAUGUUAAGUGGGCACCAGGCCCACCAGUUCAAAGGCCUUGGUUUAGAUCGACAACUACAGCAUCAACAGCAAGUGCAGCUUCACCAGCAUCAACUCCAGCAGCAGCAGCAGCAGCAGCAGGCUGAGUCUUCUGGAGCCCUUCUGUCUGGACUUGGCUUGGGCCCCCUGCAGGGGUCUAGAGGCUACCAUGAUGACCAUCGUUCUCAAGGUAAUCCAUCUCCAUGCUACUCUGGUGCCUCCCCCUGUGGAAGUGGGAUGGCGGGCCCAACUCUGAGAAAGGCACCCUUGGCUCCAACACUGCAUCCACACUCACAGAGCCACAGCCAGCACCAUCAUCCGCAGCAACAGCCCCACCUGCCCCUUUCUUCUCUACUGGAUGAUUCAGAGGAUGAUGUCACUAGCUCUGUCAAUAAUGCAAUCUCUGCAAUAACGGCAGCUAGUAACAGUGGAAAUAGAGGGGAUGAUAGGGGAGACAUCAUAGGAGGUUUGCUAGGUGGUCUUGGGUUAGGUCCUCUGGGCUCACCUUCAUCCACAUCUGGUAUGGAUAAGAAUUUCAGAGGUGGUGGGAGCCAAGAGGCCAUGAGCAACAACCCACAGAAUCCCUCUGCCAAACCAAAACGUCCCCGCAAACCUAGAGCUAAGAAAGAUCCUGCAGCUGGUGGACAGCCCCCGAAGCGCAGGCAGUACACUCCAAGAAUGGGGCCCAGUGGGCUUCCACGUACUCACCUCUGCAGUGUGUGUGGUAAGGGAUUUGCACGUCGUGAGACCUUGCGUAGGCAUGACCGCAUCCAUACUGGAGAAAAACCCCACCACUGCACAGUUUGUGGAAAGUAUUUCAGAGAAGCUUUUCACCUUAGCAAGCAUCAAACAGUCCACUCUGGGGCAAAGAAUUACAAAUGCAGCAUAUGUGGGAAAGAGUUUGGUUACUCUCAGAGCCUCAGGAGGCACAGCAAACUCCACCAGAAAGGGGAGAUGGAAGAAGUGCCCACAACACCAGCUCCAGAGAACCUUAAUAGCUUUAACCCAAACCCUCAAUGUAGCGUGCCCCAAGACAGGAGUCAAAACCAAGCACCAAGCACCUCCUCCUAUUAUCCUUACGCUCAAGAUGUCAAGCCUCAAGACAACACUCCCCAGCCACAGCCUUCGCUUCCACCCCCACCACAACCCCCGCCUCCACCUCGGCUUUACACUUGUGCUAUAUGUUGGAAAUCGUUCCGCCAUCAUUUCCAUUUGACGGCACAUCACCAAACGGUUCAUGAAGGUGGGGGAGAAAAGCUCUUCUGCUGUGAGGUAUGUGGAAAAGCUUUUGCCUACUCCAACAGCCUCACUCGACAUAAGCAGUCACAGCAUGGGAUGACCCGUGCCGAACAGCCCAACCCACAAGAAGGCACUAGCGGAUCUGGAGACAACAGAGGUGGGAGUGAUGUUAAUCAGUCAGCAGCGGAAAGUGAAGCUGCCACCAAUGCCCUCCUUCAGAUGGCUCCUACCACAGAAGGUCACGGAGGGCCGGGUCUCAGUGUUGUCACUCAUAGCCACCAACAGGCACCCCCACAACCUCCAGCGGGGUACUCUCCUCUCUUUUACGAUGCUGCUGCAGCCCAGUCUUCGGCCUCUAAUGCCCCAUCUUAUUCACAGCCUUUGCCUCCAAACUCUACGAUCAUGCCCCCCCACCACCCACACUCCCCGGCUGGGGUGAAAGGAGAGCACAUAUAUCCUGCUGGAUCCCGUAGUCGCACUCUUCACACCACAGCCCCGUUCCAGCCCCUCACAGAACUGCCCUCUGCUGAACAUCAUCAUUUGCAUCACCAUCACCAUCACUCCCACCAUCAUUCAUAUCAGUCAGACGCGCAGUCUCACCAACACGUUGACUGCACCUCCCAGAUACCACACGAUGAAAUGAGACGACACAAGAAGAAAAAAAAAAAGUCAGACAAGAAAGAUUGGAGGGAAAAUAAAUGGGAGUCCCAAGAUGUAGUCAGAGUUGAUGGAAGCAAAAAGAAGAGAAAGAUAAGCUGCACAAUAAGACGGCAAUCAAAUAAAAAACAAGGCUCUCUUCGUUUGACGAUUAGAUGUGGAGGAGGAGGUGGUGGUGGAUAUAAGCUUGUCAACACUGGAGGAAUGAAGGUGCAGAUCCUGUCGUCUCUCAAAGUUCCUGUUAAACGUUUUGGCUGUCCUAAAUGCCCCAAUUCUGUGUUUUCCCGUAAAGCAGGACUGUUAGUCCAUAUGGCAGUUAAACACCCACAAAAAGCUUCAACUACUCAGGAGCGACUAAGAUGCAGUGUGUGUGGGAAGCAGUCUCACAGGCCUUUGGCGGCCUUCAUCCAUCGGUCCUCCCAUCGUGCAAGAGGGACUUUUUCAUGCCGACGCUGCUCUGCUCACUUCUGGAACGCUCCACUUCUCCAUAGGCACAAGGUAACCUGCCGCCGCAGGGCCAAAGGAUUGCAGCGUGGAGAUGCAAAGAGGCUGAAGCUUUCAAAGAGAACAGAAGAGAGACAGACCUGUGAGGGUCAGGGGGAGAUGCCAUUCCUGCAGGGACCAUACAGAUACUGAGCAUCCUGAUAUCUAAAGAGUGGCAUACAAGAGGGAUAAUUCAGUUUUGGGAAGGUGAUAAAAAGGGACUUGGAAAGGCAUCCGUUGCCUCUAGAAUAAUUUGCCUUGUGUCUCUGUUGACUGCUGACUAUUAGAAUGAGUGUGUUAACAAUUACUGUAGAGCAUCCAAUAAAAUACCACCAGAGAUUCUUCCAGUUCAUGUUGGAAGGGUGUUUUCAAAGACAUGACUGUUUCCAUAGAAUCCUUAACCCCUUAAGUGCAUUGACACUAUGCUUGGCUGACACUGUGCGGUUACUAGACAAGUUUAGGUGAAAUGACCUGCUAAUGUAUCUUUCUUCCCUCUAAUGACAACCCCUGCUACACCUCUUGCUGUAUGAUAAAUGUCUCUGCUGUGUACUUUGUCUUGUUGUUGUUCACUUAGACUCUCUGAGGAAAUUUUUAAAAUGUAAAGUGCAUUUAUUAGGAGUAGGGACAUGGGAACAAAGACCUUUGUUGAUAGUUUGUCAGUGCAUGUUUGUUCUCUGGUCAAGUUUUUGCUGAGGUUGUGAAAUCACUCCUAAACUAUGUGACGGUUUAUUCAUAAUAUCCCCAGACGUUUGUAGUGUAAACCUGAUUUGAAAGUUACUCUAUAUUCUCUAGUGAUUUAAUCACAUAUAGAUAAAAUGUCAGAUUUGCUGGUAAUUAGCAUCACAAGGAUCCUUCUCCUGCCAAAAUGAAGAAACCUACAAAAAGCCUUGCUUAUUAUUUUCCUUACUGCGUUUAUUUGAUAUACCUAGCUUUUAUACCAAGGGACUGAAAACAGGUUAAUCAAGUGGACUGUAACUCAUGUAUCUCAUGUUAUUUGUAUGCUCUUUUUAGCAGUGAUUAUUUCUACAGUACUUCAUGACGUGUUAAAGACAAGGACCUAUCAUAUUAGAAACAAACGUAAUAUUCCAUGUAUUUAUGUGUGUAACCCAAUCAGUCUUCAUGCCAAUCUUAUACUUAACCCCUUCGACCUUUUACUUUUGGCUGAAUUGCAAUCAUAUUCCUUCUGUAAAGCCUUGUUUUUUUUUCCUGAAGAAAAAAGUUUUAAAUACAAUCUGUCACUUUAAUCACAUGAAAUGUUCAUACCCCUGUUAAGCCUUGUUUUUUUUUUCUUCUAAAGAAAAAUAAUAGUUUUAGUAGAUUUCUAUCACAUUAUUUACUGAGAAGUCAGUAGUUGAUUAUAUUUCAGCAAUGAAUAAACCUUAAGUGUAAUA